UUCCUUCCUCGUACACGCUACACUUACACGUCUUUCUCUAUAUAUCCGUGUCUGCUACAACCAAAACUACGAUGCCCAAAAAGUUUCAACAUAUAAUCACACAAACCAACCCAUUUUUUUAUUUGGAUCUAAGAAGUAAGAACACCACCCAUUUUUGCUUUUACUUCAUCCAAACUCAAUGGGUGCCGACGAAGACUACGAUUACUUGUUCAAGUUGGUGCUCAUCGGAGACUCCGGCGUUGGCAAGUCCAACCUCUUGUCCCGAUUCACCCGAAACGAGUUCAGCUUGGAGUCCAAAUCCACCAUCGGCGUCGAAUUCGCCACUCGCAGCGUCCCCGUCGAUAACAAGCUUGUCAAGGCUCAAAUCUGGGACACCGCCGGCCAAGAAAGAUAUCGUGCAAUUACAAGUGCAUACUACCGAGGAGCCGUUGGUGCUUUGGUUGUGUACGAUGUAACGCGACACGUGACAUUCGAGAACGUGGAGAGAUGGUUGAAGGAGCUCCGGGAUCACACAGAAGCAUACGUAGUUGUCAUGCUGGUGGGGAACAAAGCAGACCUUGAAAACCUGCGUGCUGUGUCGAGGGAAGAAGUCACAGCAUAUGCCGAGAAAGAGAACACGUAUUUCAUGGAAACCUCUGCUCUUGAAUCCACGAACGUGGACAAUGCCUUCAUAGAAGUGUUGACUCAGAUAUACAAUGUUGUGAGUAGGAAGACUCUUGAGAGUGUGAAUGAUCCUCCUGCUGCAACGGUUCCCAAGGGGGAGAACAUUGUGAUUGGAACCAAAGAUGAUGUCUCUGCGGUUAAGAAGAGUGCAUGCUGCUCCACGUAGUUUGUUUGAGAGAUUGUUGAAAAGAGAGUAUUGGUUAUGCAGUAUAAGAGGAUGUUUUGUUGAUUCAUUGUUUUAUUAUUAUGUUCUAUUUUUUGUUGGUGAUGAUGUAUACCAUCGGCCUCAACAGCCCUUUGUUGUGGUCACAAUAUUACAGGUUUUAAAUUCAGAUCUCUGGUUUGUUC